AAAAGAGAAAAAAAAAACCAAAACUGCUCUUCCUAGCAGUAAUUAUGAAAUUUCAUUUCAAAUAGUAAACUAAAAAAAAUAGAGAAAAAUUCUAGUGCUUUUCUUACUAACCAGUAAACAAAGAAAAAGGACCAAAGCACAGGCAGAGGGAUAAGUCAAUAAGAGCAUGCUCUUGCCUUUUUCAGUGGGAGCCUAUUUCUUUUCUUUCUCUUUGUCACUCCAAAGACUUUUUUUUGGUUUUGUUUUUUUAUAACAGUUACUAGUAUACUAGGUUUUGUCAUUAUUUUGUAUACGUAUAAUUCUUGUAUAUAUUUUUGUCUCUUUUCUCUGAAGGGAGAGUCAAAGAAUUGGGCGAUUCAAGUCUUGUACAGCUGUGGGUUUUUGUUCUUUUUUUUUCUUUGUUAAAUUUCUUUCUUGUGAAUUGGGUGUUUUGGUGGAUCGGUUGAGGAAUUCUUGGGGGAACAAGGUUAGUUAUUUUUUUUUAAAUGUUGAGUGGUAGCAAAAGGAGGUGAGAGGUGCGGAGGGGGGGUUAAAUUAUAUGGAUAAUCUAUGUUGCUUCAACUCUGUCUAUUCUCAGGUUGUUGGAGGACGGUCUUCAUGUAGCUCUGGAAAGGGCAGAAGCCAUCAGUGCCCUGUCAAGUAUGGCUUCAGCCUAGUAAAAGGAAAAGCAAGUCACCCAAUGGAGGAUUACCAUGUUGCAAAGUUUGCUCAGCUUCAUGGACAUGAACUUGGACUUUUUGCUAUAUAUGAUGGCCAUUUGGGAGAUAAUGUACCUGCCUAUCUACAAAAGCAUUUGUUUUCCAAUAUCUUCAAGGAUAAGGAGUUUUGGACUGAUCCCACUAGGUCCAUCUCUAAAGCUUAUGAGAAGACAGACCAGGCAAUUCUCUCACAUAGCCCUGACUUGGGACGAGGGGGAUCUACUGCUGUCACUGCAAUUUUGAUAGAUGGACGGAAAUUAUGGGUAGCCAAUAUUGGAGAUUCACGUGCUGUUCUCUCAAAGAAAGGGCAGGCAAUACAGAUGAGUAUUGAUCAUGAGCCCAACACUGAGCGGGGAAGCAUUGAGAACAGAGGUGGCUUUGUCUCAAACAUGCCAGGAGAUGUUGCAAGAGUGAAUGGCCAACUUGCUGUUUCUCGUGCUUUUGGAGACAAGAAUCUCAAAUCACACCUCAGAUCUGAUCCUGAUGUACAAAAUGCUGAUGUUGACUCGGAUACUGAACUUCUCAUCCUAGCAAGUGAUGGACUAUGGAAGGUGAUGUCCAAUCAAGAGGCAGUUGAUAUUGCAAAAAAGGCCAAGGACCCGCAGAGAGCAGCCAAACAGCUAGCAGCGGAGGCAUUGAACAGAGACAGUAAGGAUGAUAUCUCCUGUAUUGUAGUUCGUUUCAAGGGGUAAACGGAAACUGAAUGCAACAGAAAACAGUUCCUUGAUUGCAUAAGAUACGAAUCAAUAGGCAAACACAAUCAAGCAAUCUCAUGAAAUGCAUCAUGGUGAAAAUUCAAUAUCUGAUAUUUCUCUUCUCUGUAAAAUUAAAGUACUAGCACUUAGGGUCGUGCGGCUUGCUAGUUGCUUGAUUUCUUCAAUUUGUAGAUUCGUACCAUCAUUUUUCUGUAUAAUUUGCAUUGCUCAUCCGAAGCCAUUGAGAUUAAAAUGGAUUUAUAUAAAACUGCAUUCAUACAUGCAGUCGCUGUGAUAGAAAAA